AUGACCUCAAUAACACGCUCCCUCCGCACCCUUCACCCCUAUUCUUCCCUCCGAGCCCCACCCACAUGUACAUAUAGAUAUAUUUCAAAACGCCACCUCGGCAUCCCCCCCGCCUACCUCCUCGACGACUACAUUCCCCGCUACCAACUCCUCUCCUCCGUCGACGCCUCCAAAAAGCGGUCCCUAGCCUACGCCCACCUGCAGAACUGCAACCUGUGCCCGCGCCGCUGCGGCGUAAACCGCUUCCACGAGACAGGGAUGUGUCUGAUCGGCGCCGAAACCGCAAAAGUGAAUACCAUCGCCCCGCAUCGCGGCGAGGAACCCUGCAUCCAGGGAUUUCAUGGCUCGGGGAGUGUGUUCUUCUCUGGCUGUAAUAUGCGGUGUGUGUUUUGUCAGAAUCAUGAUAUAGCUCACAAAAAAGCCGGACACGAUCUCACGCCCACCGAGCUAGCAGAGUGGUACAUGAAGCUCCAAACAGUCGGGCACGUACACAACAUCAACCUAGUAACGCCCGAACACGUCGUCCCGCAAGUCGUUCUCUCGAUCCUCGAUGCGCGAGACAUGGGAUUGAAGAUCCCGAUCGUGUACAACACAUCCAGCUUCGACUCCCUCGACUCACUACAUCUACUAGAUGGGUUAGUGGACAUCUACCUCCCCGACUUCAAGGUCUGGAAGGGAAGUACCGCGAAGCGACUCCUCAAAGCGGAGGAGUAUGUCGAGACCGCGAAAGAGAGUAUCAAGGAGAUGCAUCGGCAGGUAGGGGAUUUGAGUUUCACCUCUGAUGGGAUUGCGAAGAAGGGGGUGUUGUUGAGACAUUUGGUGAUGCCGGGGUUGGAGGAUGAGGGGAGGGAGAUUGUAAGGUGGUUGGCGGAGAAUGUUUCGAGGGAUUUGUAUGUUCAUGUUAUGGAGCAGUAUAGGCCGGAUGCGUAUGUUGGGAGGAGGAAGAGGGGAAGGGGUGCAGAUGGAGAUGGGGAUGGGGAGGUGAGGUAUAAGGAGAUUAAUCGGGCUGUGAGGGAGGAGGAAUGGAGUGGUGUUAGAGAGGCGGCGGUGCAGGCUGGGUUGUGGAGAUUUUGUGAGGUUAAUGAGAUGGGGGGGUUCCAUCUUUAG